AUGUCCGAGGUGAACAGGAGAACAGCGGCAUUUGUUGUUCUUGUAGCAGUCUUCUCGUACUACGUCAUACAGAAUCACUUCUCUCUCCCAAACAGAUAUCGAUCGCUGGUGCAAGACAAUGAGAGAAUGAAGAGAAUUUUGAACGCGACAGCAGACACUACCAACACAAUCUCGGCAUACAAGGUAGAUCUAGUGGAGAAGAGAAAGCGGUUGAUGGAAGAGAAGAAGAUGAUCCUGCUUGACACGAUCCUUCUCUUUGGAAUGCUCAAUGAGAAGUCAGUGAAGAACAUGGUUGAUGACAGCUAUCCCAUUGAAAUCCAAACAUUGUUGCAAUCUGUGGCAGAGUGCAUGCAGAAGUUGCCAGGGCUGGAGGACAUGAAGACACGAGAAGCAUCCUCCAUAACACAUGAGUUGGAAGAAUUAUCUUCACACAGCUGCACAGAUUUUGAGACCUUGAAAAAGAACUUCGAGAUGCUGGCUUCCUGGAGAAGGGGAGAUGGGACUAGAUUGAAAAUAUCCGAUUCGACCCACAAUGGCAAAGAGAAAGAAGUAAAAGAAGGUGGAAACAAGGAUUCAAAUGUAAUCACCAAGUUUAUCAAGGCGCUGAAUCAUGAGAAGGACUUGACCAUUGAGGAGCAGAAGAAAGAAUGGAAGAGGACCGUGGAGAUUUAUCGCAAAGAGGUUGAAUCUAUCGAGUAUGCCAAGGAUACCAAACUUGUGGACAAAAGUGAAAUCCAUCCUCUGAUUGUUGCUUCGGACGAAGAUUACGCGACCAAGACCGUGAAGUCUUGGCUUGAUCCUCCGUUCUACGGUAGCAUAAAGUCGCAAGACGAUUCUUGUCAUAACAGCUUUGGUAUUGGACUUGUCGAAAAAUGGUCGAAACAACGGGAAGUGUGGUGUGAGCCAGAAGGUGAGAAGUCAGAUUCGGGAACGACCCGUUCAAAGACAGAGAUUUCAUGCUACCCGUUCCGACAGGAUGGACAUUCUGCUGUCGAUAACCUUUGCUCUCUUCGAAACAUCUUGUUUGAUAUUUCUGACUUGCAAAACGAUGAAGUUACAAGUUCCGUGAUGCAAAAGUACGUGGAGUCGAAGCACUCAGAUGAAGCAUACAUUCACUGGAAAGAUGGGACAUUGAAAGGCACUUGCAAGAUAACCCAGAAUUUCCGACCAGACAAACUCCCGCUGUGGAACAAGGACCUCAUUUCGUCAUAUCAUCAGGUCUCUUCAACAGAAGACCCAGCAACAAAAGAAUCAGACAAGGCGAAAGCAACAUCAGAUUCGAAUUCAGAGAAAGGUUCCAACAAAAAAGAUGAAUCAAAAGGUGAAAAAUCAGCGAAGGAGGUGGCAACAGGGGGAGAAAAGUCACCGCCAGAGGGGGCAGGGGGAGGGGGAGAAGUAGCAAAACAAUCAGCCUCUGUGGGAGGGGAACAAGCAGCGAAGCAGGGAGCUGCGCAAGGACGUAGACUGAACCAGCAUAGGGAUGAUGCAAGUGGACUUCAAGUUUCAACGGUCGCUGUCAACGCCACGGGUGCAGAUUUCCCUCGUCGAGCGUUGAGCACAGUUGGCGAUGAAGCUGCAAGAGCGAACAGUUGGAAGCCCUUGCAAUGUGACGAGUGGGAAGAAACAGCCACUAUCGUCCUCCAGCGAGACACCUUUGCAAACUUCUUUCAUGAUUCUGAGGAUUUCUUCAACUUGUUCUUGGCGCUCGCAAUCCUGGACCUGGGGCUUUCAGACUUUCAACUUUUCUUCCUCGAUCUGUAUCCUCGGGGCCCAUUCUUUGAUAUCUGGACAAACGCCUUCGCCAAGUCUCCUGAUCGAGUUUUUCGUGCAUGGGAUGUCAAGAACAAGUACAAAGGCUCGAAGAUUUGUUUCAGUCGUCUGAUCACAGGCAUUGUCGGCCCAGCAUCCCCCCUGACCAUCCACACUUCAGUCACCAAAUGUGCACGAUCGCCACUCGUCAUAGCCUACGCAGAUUGGAUGAUUCGCGGCCUGAAGGUACACCACAAGACAACUUAUGUGUACCCUGGGGAACGGAAGUACCUUCUUAUCACUUGGAUGUCGAGGAAAUCCUCUGUGAAAUGGCCGGAGCUCAACUUUUGUGAGGACGACACUUUCUGGAAAUGCAGCCUGUUUUCACAUCUGGGCAUUCGCGAGCUUCGCAGAGUCGUCAAGAACGAAGACGAGGUGAUUCAGAAGCUCCGAACUCUUGAAGAGACUGAGUUCAAGGGAUCAAAAAGGGUUAUCGUGUCAAGAAAGGAUUACAAUCAGAUGAGUUUCCGUGAACAAAUAGCUGUAGAUGCUCAGACUGAUAUCAUGAUCGGGCCUCACGGGGCGGGUCUCACUCACUCGCUCUUCAUGCCCGAUGACUCGUUCUUGAUCGAACUUGGCAUUGACGGCUCGAGCGGUCUGAAGCACUUCGAAAACAUGGCGAUCUGGCGGAGGGGUCCUCAGAGAUAUUUCCGGAUCGCCAAUAGCCCGAAUCCUGUACAGGUUGACACUCUUUACGAUAAGGUUAUCCUCGCCAUUGACACUCUCACCAAAUCUCAAACUUAA